GCCGCACAUGUGGUAGAUGUACCGGUGUGUCCGCCCGCUGCCUCACACCACUCAUUAUUAUCCUCUCUUUUGGCUAACUUUACCCAGAUAUUAUGGAACAGGUUAUACAAAUACUCGAGAAGACCACAUCCCCAGAUAAAAAUGAACUGGAAACUGCCCUGAAAUACUUGGAACAAGCUGCACAGUCCAAUUUGCCAGAAUAUGUGAAAGUGCUGAGUGACGUCCUCCAUCAUGGCGGUAACUCCACAGUGGCCCGUAUGGCUGCUGGUAUUCAACUGAAGAACACAUUAGCCUCCAAUGAUGCCAAAGUUAAAGUACAGUACCAGCAGCGCUGGCUGGCCUUCCCUCCAGACGUCAGGGACUAUGUUAAGAGUAAUGUUGUUGCAGCCCUGGGCACAGAGCAGAAUCGUCCUAGUUCUGCGGCUCAGUGUGUGGCGUACAUCGCGCUCACAGAAAUUCCUGUGGGGCAGUGGCCUGACCUUAUUGAUAGAUUGGUGGCCAAUGUGACGGCUCCUGGGGCAACAGAUAUGACCAAAGAAUCUACUCUAGAAGCUAUUGGAUAUAUAUGUCAGGAUAUUGAACCAGAGGCUAUAGCGGCUAAAAGCAACAACAUCCUUACUGCCAUUGUUCAUGGGAUGAAGAGAGAUGAACCAAAUGAUCAUGUCCGACUAGCAGCAACUACAGCACUUCUUAAUUCUCUCGAGUUUACAAGACAGAAUUUUGAGAGAGAUGCAGAGAGGCACUUCAUCAUGCAGGUGGUUUGUGAGGCAACACAGUCAACGAAUACACAGAUAAAAGUGGCAGCACUGCAGUGUCUGGUGAAAAUAAUGUCCCUUUAUUAUCAAUACAUGGAGCACUACAUGGGGCCUGCACUUUUUGCUAUUACACUAGAAGCUAUGAAGAGUGAUAUUGAUGAGGUGGCACUGCAAGGAAUUGAAUUUUGGUCAAAUGUUUGUGAUGAGGAGGUAGAUCUUGCCAUUGAAGCAUCUGAAGCUGCUGAACUUGGCCGCCCACCAGAGAGGACCUCCAGAUUCUAUGCUAAAGGAGCACUGCAGUACCUUGUGCCUGUGUUGAUGAUGACUUUAGGCAAGCAGGAGGAAGCUGAUGAUGAUGAUGAGUGGAAUCCUUGCAAAGCAGCUGGUGUGUGUGUCAUGCUUUUGGCCACUUGUACAGAAGAUGAUAUUGUGCCCCAUGUACUCCCGUUUGUUAAGGAAAAUAUUAAGCACUCAAAUUGGAGACUGCGUGAUGCAGCUAUCAUGGCAUUUGGUUCCAUUCUUGAAGGGCCUGAUCCUACUAAUCUGAAGCCUAUGGUUGAACAGGCAAUGCCAACUUUAAUUGAGGCCCUGAGUGAUUCGUCAGUCGUGGUGCGAGACACAACUGCUUGGACCUUGGGGCGUGUCUGUGAACUGAUUCCUGAUGCUGCAUGCAAUGAUACGUACCUAAAGCUAUUGCUGGAAGCAUUGGUUCACAGCCUUAAAGGAGAGCCUCGGGUUGCAUCAAAUGUUUGUUGGGCUCUCAGCUCUCUAGCAGAGGCUGCAUAUGAGCAAGCUGACACAGGUGAAGUUGAUGGCGAACCAUCUACUUAUUGCCUGUCUGCAUUCUUCGACCCCCUGGUAGAUGUGCUGUUGCAAACUACCGACCGAGCAGAUGGCAACCAGUGCAACCUUAGAAAUGCAGCUUAUGAGGCUCUUAUGGAACUUAUGAAAAAUUCACCGCUUGACUGCUAUCCAACUGUACAGAAGACUACCAUGAUUAUUUUGGAAAGGCUGCAGCAAGUUCUACACAUGGAGUCUCAGGUUCAGUCCCACAACGAUCGUAUCCAAGUUAACGACAUACAGUCAUUGCUGUGUGCGACACUACAGUCUGUGCUCCGUAAAGUGACCCCCGAAGACGCUCCAAAGAUUAGUGAUCCUAUUAUGGCUGCUUUGCUACAGAUGUUCCAGACCUCACAGGGCAAGUCAGGUGGUGUUCAGGAGGAUGCACUUUUAGCUGUCUCUACACUUGUUGAAGUACUUGGACACAAUUUCCUGAAAUAUAUGGAGGCUUUCAAACCUUAUCUGUCAUUGGGCUUAAGGAAUGUGGAGGACUUCCCUGUGUGUUCUGCAGCUGUGGGUGUCACAGGAGAUAUAUGCCGGGCUUUGGGGGAUAAAGUGGAACCCUUUUGUGAUGAGUUGAUGUCUAUGCUUGUGGAAAAUCUUGGGAACAAUAAUGUUCACCGAAAUGUUAAGCCAUCAAUUUUAUCUGUAUUUGGAGAUAUGGCUUUGGCUCUUGGGCCAAAGUUUACUAAAUACUUGGAUGUUGUCCUGCAGAUGCUCCACCAGGCAUCUCAAGCACAGGUUGACCGCACAGACUUUGACAUGUUAGAUUACCUUAAUGAAUUACGUGAAACGUGCCUAGAAGCUUACACUGGUAUUGUCCAAGGCCUGAAGGGUGAUGGCCAAACACCUAAGCAAGAAGUCCAGCUUCUGCAUUCACAUGUGCCACACAUGAUAACAUUUAUUACAUCAGUUGCAGGAGAUGACGAAAAAUCAGACCCUGUGGUUGCAAGCUCAGCGGGACUCAUUGGAGAUCUUUGUUCUGUGUUUGGGGCAGACAUGCUGCAGUUAGUUGAGACAGAUCCCAUCACCAGUCUACUCUCACAAGGCCGCCGCUCUAAGACAUCAAAGACGAAGACCCUGGCCAUGUGGGCAACGAAAGAGAUCCGUCGUCUUAAAAGCAACAGUAGUUGUGUGUCAACGUGUGCCUUUGGCAGUCAGGAAUCUCGUGUUGCUUUGUGUACCUGAUCAAGCAGUUUCGGCGCCACUUAGGGAAGGUGAAGGAAUUAGUGUAGUGAGUGGCUGGAAUACGUCUACAAGUGUCAUCUAACUGGUAGUAGCCCCUAACUUGGCUUUUCAGAUGAGUGCCGAGUUUAGUCUGUGGUGAGUCGAUGCGGUGAGUCAGAUGCGGUGUGUCUGCAUGGAGUGAGGGAAGAGCGUUGCCCGGCUGUGGUGAGUGGUGACCGUUCAGCGCAUGGGUUGUGUGGUGAGUGGACAGACGAACGUGGACAAUCGCAAGUGCGGCAGUUUGGCCGAAUGCGAUGACGACCGGAUGGCCUCGGAAGAGUGUGGAAAUAAUUGAAGACUUUUAAUAAAUGACGGGAAUAUCUUUUCUAGGCGACUGUCAGAGCUAAUUAGUUCCAGUGAAUCAUUCCAGCUCCCAGGAAAAGAUCUGCCUCAAUUGAUCUAUAAAGAAUAUAAGCUUUUCCAAAGUAAGUCCUAUUUCUUAACUAUGGUUUUAGAAAGCCAGUCCUUUCAAGUGCCUUUUCGUGGGAAUGAAUGGUGCUGUAGCCGUGAGUCUUGUACCCUUCUGGUAACAAUCCAUCUGCUAUACAGAAAAGAUGAUAUAAUAAAAUGUCCUCUGGUUUCUAAUCAAGGGUACAAAGGAUUUUUUUUACUACGACCCCUUCCAUUCUGUCAGUAAGAUCAUUCUACUUUAUAGGCUGGGCAUCUCUGCUGCAUUCCAUAGAUGUUUACAAGACCUCUGCUUGGCUGUUUAUAUUCAAUCAGUAUUUCUUAAUAGACAUUUGAAGGAACCUGGUAAGUUCCUGAAAUU